UUUUUUUGCUAGUCUAACAAGCCCACGCCGACGGGGCAGAAGGAGUGUUUUGUUGCCCCUAGUCCUUCCCCUUUAACUGUGACAGCCACGCGAGAGACUACUCAACGCACACCAUAGAUCCGCUGGGACUGCGGGGUGGCGAUCUGUUUACAAAAGAAACCAGGGUACCUGGUGGACCUGUGUGGGCAGACGUGGCAGGGGGACGCACUGCUGCUGCGCUCGCACUCGGCUUCUCGAAGGUUCUACUUUGUGACCCAGGACACGGACUGCGGACUGUGGCUGCACGCUGCAACUCCAGGCGACAGGAUCCACUUCCACUUCCGUUUCUUCCUGGUCUACAGCUUGUCCCCGGCUUCUCCGGCACCCAUGGCGUCCUCGCCAGCGCCUGCGCCCGCCGACCCGUGCGCCCCCGGCUCCUACCUGCAGUUCUACGACGGCCCGCCGGGGGCACCCCGGGCUCUGGGACCCCCAACCUGCGGCCUGACCAUCCCAAUCCCCGUGACGUCCUCGGGGCCCUUCCUGGGCCUGCGCCUGGUCACCAGAGGACGCCAGCCCCGCGUGGACUUCGUGGGCGAGGUCACCUCUUUCCGUCUGGGGUUUUGUGGCUCCUACUUCCGUUGCCGCAAUGGCAGGUGUGUCCCCCGGAGCCUGCUGUGUGAUGCCUGGGGCAUGGACAACUGUGGGGAUGGCAGUGACCAGGACUCCUUGCCACCAGCCAGCUGCAGAGGUCCCACGUGGGCACCUAGGCAGAUGCAGAGCCCGGAAGGCAACACCAGCAAGCCCCUGACUCUCUCCCUGGCUCUCGGCUCUGCAGAACCACCCCAGACUACAGCUGAGAGAGGCUCUGCAGCAGGCCAGGCCCCUGCCCGACAGGAUGCAGUGUUGGAAGGUCCCCAGCUCUGGAAGGUGGCGCUGGCCUCCUCUCUGCUGUUGGUCUUCACCAGCCUCCUCACGGGCUUCCUCUGGUGGUGCUGCUGCCCCAGCCGGUUGGCCCGGCCCCCAGGCACCAGCAGAUCCCGCCUGCGAUGCUGCACCGCCUGCUGCCUGUGUCCCAGCCGGGUGGCCCCUGGGGAGCGCUGGUUGAACAGGCCAGGGAGGUCAUCCUUGCAAGGCUGCGGUCAUUAGUGGGCCCUGUGGUCUGACAGACCUCUGACCUGGGGUAGUCACUCUGGUCUUUGAGUCUCAGUCUGCCCCUGAGGAAAUAGGCUGAGUGUGUCUGCUGAUUUACAAAUGCGGGUCACAGGAGGUCAAGGGUGGAGACCAGGCUGGGCUUUGUUGUACAGAAUGGUGGCUUUCUGGCUGUGCCUUGCUCUGAGUGACUCCAUUCUUUUAAAUUUUUAUUUAUUUAUUUGAGAGUGACAGAGAGAGAAAGAGGGAGAGACAGAGAGAAAAUGGGUAUGCCAGGGCUUCCAGCCACUGCAAAUGAAUUUCAGACGCGU